UCCUUUAUCGCUGUAAUGCUGCGACGCGGCUGAGAGGCCCCCGCGGGGAGGGGGAGGAAGAGUCCCUUAUAAAUGGCGCCCAAGCAGGACCCCAAGCCUAAAUUCCAAGAGGGUGAACGGGUGCUGUGUUUCCAUGGACCUCUUCUUUAUGAAGCUAAGUGUGUAAAGGUUGCCAUAAAAGAUAAACAAGUGAAAUACUUCAUACAUUACAGUGGCUGGAAUAAGAACUGGGAUGAAUGGGUUCCAGAAAGCAGAGUGCUCAAAUACGUGGACACCAACCUGCAGAAGCAGAAAGAACUUCAAAAGGCCAAUCAGGAACAGUAUGCAGAGGGAAAGAUGAGAGGUGCUGCUCCAGGCAAGAAAACAUCAGGUCUCCAGCAGAAAAAUGUCGAUGUAUUUUUCAGACGAGAUGGAGCGCAUACGGUUUGCAGUUUGGAGACCCCUGCAAUAUCAACGCGGAAGACUAAAAAGAACAAACAGAAAACUCCUGGAACUGGUGAAGGCAGCAGCACCAGUGAAAAUCCGCAACCUCCCAGGAAGAAAAGGGCUCGAGUAGAUCCCACUGUUGAAAGUGAAGAAACAUUUAUGAACCGGGUUGAAGUAAAGGUCAAAAUACCUGAAGAACUGAAACCAUGGCUGGUAGAUGACUGGGAUUUGAUCACUCGGCAGAAACAGCUCUUCUAUCUUCCUGCCAAGAAGAAUGUUGAUUCCAUUUUAGAAGACUACGCAAACUACAAGAAGUCAAGAGGCAACACUGACAACAAAGAAUAUGCUGUUAAUGAAGUAGUGGCAGGCAUCAAAGAGUACUUCAAUGUAAUGCUGGGCACUCAACUGCUGUAUAAAUUUGAGAGGCCACAGUAUGCAGAAAUCUUAGCAGAUCAUCCUGAUGCACCAAUGUCACAAGUGUAUGGAGCUCCUCACCUUCUGCGACUGUUUGUCCGGAUUGGAGCAAUGCUUGCUUAUACGCCUCUUGAUGAGAAGAGUUUGGCCUUGCUGUUGAACUACUUGCAUGACUUCUUAAAGUAUCUAGCAAAGAACUCUUCUACAUUGUUCAGUGCAAGUGACUAUGAAGUUGCACCUCCAGAGUAUCACCGGAAAGCUGUGUAAACUUCUCAGUAAACCGAGGAGUAGGUGGGGGUGGGUGGGAUAAAUAUGCAUGUUACUGGAAGGGAUCCUUGGAUCUUUGCAGUUCUCUUGCCCAGUUCCAUGUUUGUCUACAGUUCUCCUUUCACACAUUUCUCUGCACAGCUGAUGUGUCAAGUGAAUGGUUUUUGUCUUCAGAUUGAACUAACAGUACCCUAAUCUGAAGGGUUCUUCUUCACUUCUGAAACAAACCUCUGAAAGAAGAACAUCUUGAAUACUUCACUGAACCAGUUUGGUAUUAGAAUGUUGCUGGACGUUUAACAGACAUUUCAUUGCCUGAGCUCCUGCAUGCUUCUAGUUAUUUGACACAAAGUGUUACAUAGGUGCUGAGGAUUUGGUGGUGUGUAAUCAUCUUCCUCUCCACAACUCUUCCUGUCAAAAGAGCUGGGGACAGGGAGAGCCAAGCAAAGAAGUACAGUUGAAUUUUUUUGGGGGGUGGGGGAUGUCAUCUUAGUUGGUGUUGGGAGGGAAAAGUAUGUGUAGUUCCAAGUUUGUGUUCUCUGCCUGUGUAGAUGAAGAAUUGUGGUAUUGCUUUGUCUGUUGGGUUUGAAUAUAUAAGAUAAAUUGACUGCUGUCUCCUAUAAACUUCAUGAAAUGGCAUUUGUUGGAGGGAAUGUGUACAGAUGUUCAAAUAAACUUUUUUAAAUUCCA